AUGCUGAAUAAGGAAUAAGCGACAUCUAUACUGUGCUUCAACACGUUUUCUUUCCACUUCGUCACGUUGUCGAGUGAGAACAUCCUUUGCAGGAGCCAACAUGACCCAUCCCCUCCUGCAUGAGACAAUUUGGUAUGACCAGUGCAAACACCUUGAUGCUGAAAGAACUUUGCAGGAACAGUUAGUUACAAAGCAAGCAGAUGGUUCAGAAAAGCAGUACAUGAAGAGCUCAUUAAGCAAGCAAGCUCCACAAAUAUCUCUUGUUGAUGAAAUUGCCCAAGUGCGUCAACACAUAAAAAACUCCCUGAUGUCAGGUGAUGCUGGUUCUGUGAAAGGAUGUAGCACUCAAGAUGUAUCAGAGAUGGUGUCACAACUUCAGCACUUGGAGAUAGAAAAUACUAAUAUUAAAAACAUUAUUGCCAACCUAACCAACUUAGUUUCCAAUCUUGAUGCCAGAGUCAAUGCACUUGAAAAUAAAAAUACCCUAGCAGCCACUACUGAAACUAAUAAGUUACAACCACCAAAACCUGUGGCUAAGAAUGAUGAUGAUGAUAUUGAUUUAUUUGGUUCUGAUGAAGAGGAAGAUCAGGAAGCCAACAAACUCCGAGAGAAAAGACUUGAAGAAUAUCAGCAAAAAAAAUCUAAAAAACCAGCUGUUAUUGCCAAAUCUAGUGUUGUUCUUGAUAUAAAACCAUGGGAUGAUGAAACUGACCUCAAACUUAUGGAAAAACAAGUUCGUAAGAUAGAAACUGAUGGUCUUCUAUGGGGAGCAGCAAGACUAGUUCCUCUGGCCUAUGGAAUUCACAAACUUCAAAUUUCUUGUGUUGUGGAAGAUGAAAAAGUCAGUAUUGAUUGGCUGCAAGAGAAGAUUGAAGAACUUGAAGAAGUGGUCCAAAGUGUGGAUAUAGCCUCAUUUAACAAAAUCUGAUCUUCAGAUUUUAGAACUGCUGGAAACUAUUCAAGUUCAUUAAAAUAAUUUUGUAAAAAAA